GAGAGAGAGAGAGGGGGUGCCAUGCACCUGUGCCUGAACACCUGACUUGGUUGCAGAGUCAAUGCAGACUGAACAGAGUGAGUGAGAGAGAGAGAGAGAGAGCAGAAAGCGAAGGGAGUGAGAAAGAAACUAAGAGGAGAUCAAAGAGAGAGCAGAGAGGUGAAGUGAGGGAAACUACACAGAAGUCCUGAAUGUAUUCAGGAGUGAGGAGCAGUGGUAUAACAAAGACCAGGCGGCAGACCUGCGGCGUGACAGUGGACACAGAGACAGUAGGAGCGGGAUUUUCACAGUGUGGGACACAGAUUCUAUCCAGCUGAGCUCUAACCAGGUCCCACCCCUCCUCUACCUCCAGUAAUGGCUGAGCCCUCCCCCGGCUGGUGGAAGCUGACCUUCCUGCGCAAGAAGAAGUCGGAGUCUAAGGUGCUGUAUGAGAUCCCAGCUGAGCUUGGCAGCAACACUGGCAAUAAGGACCCUGGCGCCCCCUGUGGUAACCCUGAGGACAGCCAGUUCAAUGCGCGGUUGGAAAAGAUCGUGGACAAGACGGCCACCAAGGGCCGCCAUGUCAAGGUGUCACACUCGGGCCGCUUUAAGGAGAAGAAGAAGAUUCGUGCCACAUUGGCCGAAAACCCCAGCCUUUUCUCCGAGCACACCUUGAGUGAUGAGAACCACAGGGCAGAAAAAUAACACACACACAAACACAAACAUAUUUAAAUAAUCAUCAAUUCACACAUGCUCUCUGUCUGUCUCUCUCUGUCAUGCACAUACAAUCACACACAUAGAAUAAUAUAAUGGACAUAAGUCAAAAAGUUGGUAAUAUACACAAACACACACACACAUUCAUUGAAGAGUGAAAUACUCCCGUCACCACACCCACACUGCACCUGACAACGCCUGGUUCCUCAGCUGUGUGUGAAGCCAGCUACAUGGAAGUGCCUGGCCAGCCUAGCAACAGGGUAGCCUGCUCUUCACCUCAUGUCAAAGUCAAACUUGCAGUUGCACUGGCAGGAGGAGCCCACACAUGGGCCAAGGAGCAUGUUCCCUGGGGGAAGAGACCUGUAUAGUAUGUCAUGGUCAUGUAUGGCUUUACUGUUCUCUGCCCCUAAGACUCUGAAGUCUGGAUGAACCUCCAUUUCACAACUGAGUCCUUAAAACAGGAACAGGGUGAUGCCACUGGUUAAUAAUUGAUACCAUUAGUCAUUGGAAGCAUGUGAGAAGAGAAAACACAGGGAACUUGAAACUUUAUUUGUUUUCUUUUUUUUCUGAGACACAGAAAAAAGAUCUAAAAUGUCAAC